UAUUGAAACUUGUCAAUUAUUAGUGUCACGAAGAUAAAUCUUUUAUUGUUUAUCAAGAUGGGCAAGGUUCUUGAGAAUGAGGCGUUUGGAUUGGCUGCGAAAGAUGAAUCCGGAGUUCUCACACCUUUCAGUUUCUCUAGAAGGGAGACUGGAGAAAAGGAUGUUAGGUUCAAAGUGUUGUUCUGUGGAAUUUGCCACACUGAUUUGAGCAUGGCCAAAAACGAAUGGGGCUUUACUACUUAUCCUCUCGUCCCAGGGCAUGAGAUAGUGGGAGUGGUGACUGAAGUUGGAACCAAAGUGACCAAAUUCAACACUGGAGACAAAGUCGGAGUUGGCUACAUGUCCCGCUCGUGCCUGUCAUGUGACAGCUGCAGCGAUGGCGAAGAGAAUUACUGUCCAAAGAUGAUCCUAACCGCCGGAGCCAAAGACUACGACAACACCAUGACCCAUGGUGGUUACUCCGACCACAUGGUGUGUGCUGAGGACUACAUCAUUCGUAUUCCUGAAAAUCUCCCUUUGGAUGGUGCCGCUCCACUACUCUGUGCGGGGGUCACAGUAUACUCCCCAAUGAAGUAUCACGGCCUCGACAAGCCGGGUAUGCACAUUGGUGUGGUAGGUCUAGGCGGUUUGGGUCAUAUAGGAGUGAAACUUGCUAAGGCUAUGGGUAAUAAAGUUACGGUUAUUAGUACUUCGGAUCGAAAGAGAGAUGAGGCGAUUAAUCGGCUUGGUGCCGAUGCCUUCUUGGUGAGCCGUGACCCGAAACAGAUGGAGGAUGCAGUGGGGACUAUGGAUGGUAUAAUUGAUACCGUAUCCGCAACGCAUCCGCUUCUUCCGCUGCUAGGUUUGCUUAAAUAUAAGGGAAAACUUGUUAUGGUUGGUGCCCCUGAGAAGCCACUUGAGCUACCGGUCAUGCCGCUCAUCUUCGGGAGGAAGAUGGUGGUGGGAAGUAUGAUAGGAGGUAUAAAGGAGACGCAAGAGAUGAUGGACAUGGCCGGAAAACACAACAUCACGGCGGAUAUUGAGCUUAUCUCUGCGGAUUAUGUCAACACUGCCAUGGAACGACUCGCUAAGGCUGACGUUAAGUACCGAUUUGUGAUUGAUGUUGCCAACACGUUGAAGCCUACUCCUUAAUUAGAAAGCUUAAGAAGUGAACAUCCCCAAGUCAUUUUUUUCUCGUUUGGUCUGUUGUAAUAAGUUUUGUGUAUUAAGUUCACGUCUUUGUGUGUACUACUACUACUACAGCAUGUGUUGUAUCAAUUUAAUAAACUUGAAUAAUUUUAUUUAAUUAGCUUUAUGA